AUGCCUCCCGCAACCACUACCCAGAUGAGCACCGAGGGCCGGGGCGACUACGAAACCGACUCGCGCUGGACCUCCAUCGACGCCUACACCGUGUCCCACCUGCACCCCCCGUCCCGCCCGAACCACUCCGCCCUAACCCGCGCCCUGCGCGCCUGCGACGCCCACGGCCUCCCCGACAUCGGCUGCCCCUCCCCCCACGGCAAAUUCUUCGCCCUGCAGUGCCGCAUGCUGGGCGUCCGGCGCACCCUCGAAGUCGGCGCCCUGGGCGGCUACUCCGCCAUCUGGCUCGCGACCGAGGACCCCGCCAUGGCCGUCACGAGCGUCGAACGCGACCCCUGCCGCGCCGGGCGCGGACUGCUGCCCCGCCUCCACGCGGAGGUCGAAUCCGGCGCGCGCGAGCGGUUCGGCUUCGCCUUCAUCGACGCGGACAAGGUGAACAACUACCGCUACUUCGACUGGGCGGUCCGGAUGAGCGUGCCGGGGGCGUGCGUUUGCGUGGACAAUGUGGUGAGUAGGGGCAAGUUGGCCAUGGCGGAGGAGGCGGCGCGGAACGAUAUGGUGCGGGGGGCGAGGGAGUGUGUGGAGAGGGUGGGUGGCGGAUGA